ACUAAAGUUAUAUAUAUACACACCAAUUUCAAUCACCCAAGGGAAUAAACACAGAGCAAAACAUCACAAGAGAAACCAAAGCAAAGCUAAAAGAGAAUAAAUAUGUAUUCUGAAGUCUUCCAAGAACAUUUCAUCUCCAGAAAGUUGCUUCAGCAACUACCAUUUGAUCACAACAUGCACCAACAAGAAGCUCAUAUACCUGACAAGAACAACUUGAGCGGCAACGUUCUCAUGGUUCUAUCUAUCCUUGUCUGCGGUAUCAUCGGCUCCCUCGGGUUGCAUUACGUAAUCGGUUGCAUAUUCAGACGUUCCUCGAGUUUCAUGAUCGCUGAUCCCAUCUCUAGCCCGUCCACACCACGUGGCUCAGCAACAGCAAACAAAGGGGUCAAGAAGAAAGCUCUCAAGAUGUUCCCGGUAAUAAAAUACUCACGUGAGAUGAACCUCUUAGGGCUCGGUGAGGAGUGUGUCAUUUGCUUGUCUGAUUUCGUAGCUGGAGAACAGGUACGGCUGCUUCCAAAGUGUAAUCACGGCUUCCACGUUCGCUGCAUCGACAAGUGGCUUAAGCAGCAUGUGACUUGUCCGAAAUGCAGACACUCUCUGGUUGAGACAUGCCACAAGAUCUUAGGGGAUGAAGCUGAUCAGGUUGUAGCAACACCAGCGGAGAGGAUAGAUGUCAUGAUUGCUCCUCUAGAACAUGAAGCAAGAGUCAAUACUUAUAGAGAAAACAGCUAGAGUAUGUCAACAAAACAAUUAGAUUUGAACACAGUUUAUGUUCCUAGCCAAUAGAAUUCCAAAGUCAGACACAAUGGAGCUUUUUCUUUUUAUUUAUUUUUUCUUGAAACCCAAAAUGUAAAGAGAGCUUAUCUUAAGCUUCCCGUGGCAUCAUAAGUUCAUCAAUAUUUAAAUUAUUUACUCCUAUGAGAUACUCAAAUUAAAAUCAAAACCAUCAUCUACCAAGAAAUGUUUGAUAAAUUCUUUUCAAA